AUGGACGUGGUGAAACGGCUUAUUUCUGAACCGCCGUUAUGGAACGAUGAUGACCAGCGUGCUAUUUUACAACCUUAUGAUCAUAUUGCUUCAAAACCCGGUAAGAACUUCCGAUCAAAGUUGAUCAGUGUGUUCAACUUGAUUUACAGGAUUCCAGAUGCUAAGAUCGAACUAGUGGCUAGUAUGGUAGAAAUUCUACACAACGCCAGUCUGCUUAUCGAUGAUAUUGAGGACAACUCAGAGAUGAGACGUGGUUUAACUGCUUCCCACCUCAUAUUUGGUUCCCCAAUGACAAUAAAUACUGCAAACUACAUGUACUUCCGAGCCAUGGAGAUAUUACAGGACAUUGCAGGUGCGGACAAGCUGCUAUUGAAGGAUCUCAUGAUUAUUUUCAAUGAGGAAAUGAUCAAUCUGCAUAGAGGCCAAGGUCUCGAUAUUUACUGGAGGGAUAGUCUACCAAAUAUUAUACCCGACGACCAGAUGUAUUUCAAUAUGGUGAUGAAUAAGACAGGCGGUUUAUUCAGACUUACAGUCAAGAUUAUGGAGAGGUUGACAGAUGAAAAACUGGAUUUUUCUCUGAUUCCCUUCAGUAACCUCCUGGGAAUCAUUUAUCAAUUAAGAGAUGAUUAUAAGAAUUUGCUUGAUAAGCAGAUGAUCGCUAACAAGGGUUUAGCAGAAGAUAUAUCUGAGGGAAAACUUUCAUUUCCAAUUAUUCACGGCCUGCGAUAUGGCCAACAGCAUAAUGAUGUUUUUUUACUAGAUAUUCUGAAACUACGGACAACAGACAUUCCAUUAAAAUAUAAGGCCAUCGAUUAUUUACAAAAUACUAGUAAAUCAAUGGACUUCACAAGGAAUGCUAUCGAUGAACUCACAACGUUGGCUAAACAAGGAGGCUACAUCCCGGUCGAAAGCCAUGCUGAUGCAUCCAGCCAAUUGCUUUACGUGGUAGAUUACCUUGCCAAAAUUUGA